AUUUAUUUCCCAAUUAUUAUAAUUCGUAAAAAAAGAAGUUAUUUCCUUUUAUUCCAAUAGUAUUAAAUGCAUUCAUGUGUUACACAUUGUAACCCCCUUCCCUAAUUCAUGGCAAUCUAUUUAUUGUCUCCCAGUAUUAUUUUCAAAUUUCAAAUCAUUCUUCUCCCUCAUAAUAAAUCCCUCUUUAUUCCUUCUGAAUUUAUUUCCUUGGUAAAGCCCAACACACACACAAAAAGAAAACCAUUUUCUCGUGAAAAAUAUCUAAGAGAAAGUCUCUUUCCACACAAAGAAAACACCCAUGGCUUCACAAUGGACAAUACCAAAACUUGUUACAUGGAGAGUCAAAGAUUGGGCCUCCUGUUUCUUGGCUUGCAAGAUUCCUAUAGACGUAGAGGAGGAUGGAGUUACUAACAACAGUAACACAACGAACAACAACACUCUAAUGUUCAAGAGGACAAAGAGGAAGAUUAAGAAGAAGAGGUCAGAGAGGAAGCUCAGUCUAAGCCCACCGGGGACACGUCAUCAUCAUCAUCUAAGAGGCAGCAGCAGCGUUUCUCCGACAUCGUCGUCUCAUAACCGGAGGUUGAGCUUGCUGCAGCCACCGGCCUCAGAAGAACCUGGCUUCAUAGUCUUCUGCUUCGACCGUGAAGAUGGAGGUUUCGACGUUGUGAAAGAAGGGAAAGAAGAAAGGAAAGAGGUGGAAUUGUCAUCUGAAAAGUCACCGAGAACGGUACAUCGUAAGCUUAUUUAUGAAGACCAAGGGGUAGGAAAAGGAGAGAAGAAUAACUCUCUGGAGAUUAAAGGGUCAGAACAAUAUCAUCAGGCCGAUAAGACUACAUGCCAAGAAACUGAAAAUGUCUCUUGUGGUGUUCAUGAUCCGAAGGAGGAAGAAGAAGAUAUUGAUGCAUCUGAUAAAUCUAGCGGGUCUACUCACUCAGAUGAAGGAAGGGGAUCGUUUGCAUUUCCCAUAUUGGGAGUUGAGUGGAUGGGGAGCCCUGUCCUGAUGCCUACACCAGAUGACUUGUCUCCUAAGAAACAAAAACCGAUAGCUUUAGGGUUCCAAUGCUGUAGAUUCUAAAAAAAAAGUACACUCUAUAAGCUUUUAUGAGAUUCUUUUGUAUCACUCUGUUUAUGAUAAAAAGAAACACUAUGAAAAGACCAAAUAAUCUACAAUUUAGACUUGAACUCAUAUGUAUUUUAUCAAACUAACACAAGGACCAGAAGAAGUAAGACAUCUCACUCUUCUCAUUGGAUCCUUGGAAGACGUCAUGGUGUAGAUUCCCUUGGCCUUUUUUUUUACAAUUCCUAUCUAUAACUCAAUGCUUUUUCACUUGUCCACUUUGCAAUAUGUUUCAAAAUCAUUAUAUAACUAUAUAGUUUGACCUUUGACGAUAAUACAUAGGUCUUAUUUUAAAAAAUAUAUAUAUAGGGUCCUAGGGCCUAUUAUUCUCAUAUCACACGAAUACAAUGUCGUUUCAACAAGCAAUGCAAUAAUAUUGAACAAACACGGUGUUCGGUAGUGAAGAAACAGAUGGCAGCGUUAAGUAACCGCGCGCCGCUACAUUUUGUAGCUUUAACCCAUAAAGGUGAUGGUCUUCAAUUACUUG